CCCAUACUCCAAACUACAAGUAAAAUAUCAAUUUGACUUAAUUAAUAUAGGCUUAAUACAUCAGAAGACCCCUAGAAUUGUAAAGGGAAUCAAAUUCAGGGCCUGGAAAAUUUUGCAUCAAAUUGAGUCCCUAGGAAUUUUUUUUUUUAAUUCAAUUAAGGACAAAGUGUGUCUGAUGCUGAAGUGGCUUCAAUUUUAGCCUACUCAGCUUUUCCACGUGGCAUUUUAAAUUUUUUUAAAUUGAAAAAAUUCUAAAACCUAAUCUUUUAAAUCCAACUCAUAUAUUAAAGCAUAAAUAAAAAAUAAAAAAACUUAAUAAAAACCUAAAUCUAAAUAAAAAAAACCUAAUCUAAUAAAAUACCCUCUCCUCAUAUAAAAAAACCUAACCUAACAAAAUCUAAUAUAAAAAAAACCUAAUCAUCUUCUGGAACCUUCCUCCUCCACUUUCUCCUAAUCAAAAUUCAAUUGAACCCGAAACCCCUCGUGUCCCUUUCCCCUACCUUGUAAUGCUACCCAGAUUGAAGCUCUGAGAGAGGAAGAAGAUUCUGGGAUGGAGGCUUUGAAACAGAGAAACGCAACAACGCAUCAUUCGGAUACAAACCCUCAAAAAGGCAACGACAUCUCCUGGACCUUCCAAGCCACCCCAAUCUUCCUAGCCCAGAAGGGUUUCGCUUGCUUCGCCCUCGACCUUCAAGGCCACGACCACUCCGGCGGCCUCAAAGCCUUCGUCCCCGACGUUGACCUCGCCGUUGACGAUUGCCUCUCCUUCUUCACCUCCAUCAAAAACCUCCCUCGCUUCAACGACUUGCCCUGCUUCCUCUACGGCGAGUCAAUGGCUAGCGCGAUUUGCCUCCUCAUCCACUUCGCUUACCCGAAAGGGUUCCAAGGUGCGAUAUUGGUGGCACCCAUGUGUAGAAUCUCCGAUAAGGUUAGACCCAGAUGGCCGAUUCCUCAUAUCCUCACUUUCCUUGCGAGAUUGUUCCCUACUCUCCCUAUUGUUCCCACCCCAUAUCUUCUGUACAAGUCUGUGAAGGUGGAUCACAAGAAGGUGAUUGCUGCGAUGAACUUGUUGAGGUAUAGGAGAAAACCCAAGUUGGGGACUGUGGUGGAGCUGCUGAGAAUCACUGAUGUGUUGAGCAAGAAGCUCUGUUCUUAUUAG